UCAAUCAGCCGCACUUGCCACCGCCAUGUCCACAUCAAAGCUCCGACACUGCAUGGCAGUAUCAGAAUGGAAGGCGAAGCCUUGCGAGCAGAUGCACUUGCGCGAUUGAGUGGCAUUGUGUCAAGAGUCAGCCAGGAGGUGUCCCGGGACUUGGAUGCAGGCUCCGAGGGCCACUGUGGUGAGGUGCUGGAGUUCCGGCAGGCCCAGCUGCUGGAGCUCCGGAAGCUGCUGGACGACGUUCGGGAGACCAGCCCCGAGGAGCUCCGCAAAGUCUUGGCACACGCCGACAUGGCCGUGGCCGGCAUGGCCGGCAUGGCCGGCACGGCCGGCACGGCCGGCGCCCGGGCCCAUAGCGGCAGAGAGAGCAUCCUGCAGGAGCUGCAUGAAGCGGCAAACAGAAAUGUCCGCCUUGCACGUCGCGAGGCUGUGCUGGAGGCUUACUGCGAGGACCAAAGCAGCGUCCUCGCUGCAGCUGAGUCGUCAGCUUUUCGGCUGAGGCAUGAACAGGAGGUGCAAGAGUCUCGUUUGAAGGAGGCUGUCGCCGCAAGAGAUGCCUCGGCGAGUGCCAAGCAAGCCGCGGAGAGCCAGUCCUCGGAGCUCAAGGCCUUGUGGCUGAAGGAGCAUACCCAGCUGCAGCAGUGCCAAACCGAUCUGCGGCAGGCCCUCGACACCGUCUCCAAACUGGAAGCGCAGAUUUCCGAAAAACGCAGCGCGCCUGCUGUGACAGGUGUCCUCACCAAUGUAUGGCAGUCACGGAUCGCAGCCCAGGCCAAAGACCUACAGAUGCUCCAAACGAGGUGCACAGAGCUGGACUCUGAGCACAGUGCUGCGGCACGACUGUGCCUGGAGUUGGAGUCAUGGACCCAUGAGGCGGAGCAGGCGGAGGCAAGGCAAGCCCUGCACGGGGAGAUCUUCCAGGAACGGUGCGUGGAGCUCCAAGCCAAGUUGGACAAGAGCCGCGUGGCCCACUAUGACCGGGGCCGCGAGCUGGAGGUUCUGCAAAUCCAGCAUGAGGAGCAGCAGCAGAAGCUGCUCCAGGCCACUUCAGACAGGGACCGAUGCCAAGAGGAUAAGAGGAGGCUGCAGUCAACCGUCACCGAUUUGGAAGUGCAAAUAGCGGAGUCCAUGUUGAACAGCAACCACCAUGCUUCUCAGCACGGGCAGCUGCGCGCGCAGGUGGAGGACGAGCGUUUGGCCCGGGGCGAGGCGAGCUCGGCGAGCUCGGCGAGCUCGGCGCGGCGGCUCGAGCGCUGCGGCGCGGAGCUCGCGGAGCUCGCGGCGCAGCACCGGCGCCUGGAGCGGCAGUACGCCGUGGCCAACGCCGCGAAGGACGGCGCCCAGCGCCGCUUCAAGGCCUUGGAGCUGGAGCACCAGCAGCUCCAAACCCAGCUGCACACGGCUGCAGCCGAGCAGACCGGCAUGAAAAGUGAGCACGCUAGCAUCAGCCUGGAGCUUCUGCGCUUGCGGUCUCACGCGGAUGAGCUGAAGUCGCAGCUUGCGGAACAGAGUCUCAGAGAAAGCGCUCACCUUGAGCUCAAAGAUGAGAAUUAUGCCUUUGGAUGCAAGUUGUCGGACCUUCUGGACGAGAAGGAGGAGCACAAACGCCAUUCCGAGGAGCUGCACACAUUCCUUGAAGCAGCACAAGCGGAGGCCGAUGCUGGCCGAGACCAGCUAGAAGCUUACUCCGCAGAGCUCAAGGAAUUCCAGGAGAAGGACAGCUUGGUGCGGCAGAUCGCUGCGCAUCACAAGCUUGUGGCUUCUCACAGGGCUUCUGGACGAGGGCACGAGGCAGAUGCGGCGCUGCUGGAGUUGGCGAUGGCGCUGGACUCGCACCUCGCCGAUGGCGGCGAGAGGAUCCUGACAGAGCUGGUGGCCGAGCUGCGUGCCAAAGAGAAGCGGAUCGAAGCGAGCGAGCUGAGUGCAGCGCAGUGCGAAGCGCAGGAAGCGCAGAGCGAAGCGCAGAGCGAAGCGCAGAGCGAAGCGAAGCAGAGUUUGCUGAAGCACAAUGUGCAGCUGAAGUCGGAGCGGGAGGAAGAAAGGCGACUCCACAAGGUGCAAUCGGAUGAGAUUGUUGAGCUCCAGCAUUUGCUUCGGACAUCCGAGGAGCAAGCCUCCCAGUCGCAAGAGGCUGUUCCGCAUCUUCACGACACUGAGAUCCCAGAGGAAUACGCUGCCAUCAUCAAGCAGGUUGAUUUGCUUGGCUGGGAUGCGGUGGAGUGGGGUGGGAACUUCACUUUGCUGCAUUGGGCCGCCGCCCAGAACCUGGACGGACUCUGCCGUUCCUUUCUGGAGUCGACCUCUUAUUCAAGGGCCUGAGGUCAUAGCUGGAAUGAAUGCCAGAGGGAGACAUUCUUGCAUUUCCCAAGAAAAAAUCAAAUGCUCGGCCGAAUCGACUCUUUGAGAAGGAAGCGGGCAAAUCCUUUUCAGAAGGAUGAGAACCACAGGACUCCCAUGGACUACGCAGAGGAAAGCAGCAGCAAAGAAGCGCUGGCUGUCCUGAAAGCUUCGGGACCCACGCCACGCGCUGGAGAACACGGGGCUCGGACAUGGGCUCUUGCAGGGGUCGCGGGAUCGCACAGGUCAGAGAUCCUUGGCCGAGUGGGCCUGACACGUUUAGACUCUGAGAGUUGCACAAUGCACGUGUGCAUUUACUUCGCAGAGCUUCAAGCAGGUCCCACACUUGGCAAUUUCUGAGUGACGAGGCCGUGGCAGGGCCAAAGAGCCCUAGCUACAUUGCUUCU